GCGGGAGGAGCGGCUGCUGCUGGGGGUGAUGGGAGGGCCCGAGCUGGAGCCUGGGAGAGGCAAAAACGGGGCAAAAUGGGAAAAGAGGAGGAUUUUCCAGUCUCAGCAGGAGCAGGGAACCUCURUGGGCUGGGAGARGCUGGACAAGGAGCAAAGGAGAGCRGCGACUUCACGGGAAGAGAAGCUGGAGCUGCUGGAGSAUCGGGCCGGCAGCGCCGUCCAGGGGCAGCAUCUCCGGAGCCGCCCUCGGGAGCCGGCGGGGCCGGGGCGGGCUGGGCGCUCCCCGGCCGCGGGGACCCUCCCGGUGGCCCCGUGGGGACACGACCCCCGCCCCAGCGGCSCCGGGGAACCUUCGCCGGCAGCUCUCGGGUACGCGCUCCGCGUCCUGCGGGGGCUCCGGCAGCACAUCCAGCGGCGCCUCGGGCAGUGGCAGCGGGUGGAGGGAGCCCUGGGAGCYGCUGGACACACGGAGGAGGUGAUUCAGGGAUGUGGGAGGGUGUGGGAAUGGCCCGGAGCCCUUGCAGGAUCCCCCAUUCCUCACCCUUGGAGCCCUCCCUUGGGAGCUCGGGGAGGGGAUGUCAGCCCCGCUCCAGCCCCCGGGGCGGUGCCCGUGUCCCUGUCCCCGCAGGAGGGACAGCAGCGGCAGCGGCUCGAGAAAGCCCCAGCGCCCGGAGCUCCGCGGGAGCGGCUGAGCCAGGUGUCCCCGCGGGACAGGGAUGUGUGUCCAGGGCUGCUCUCCAAGGCCAGRGGAGCCGGGAAUCCUCGAGCACGAUCCUCCUGGAGYUCCCAAAGCCGGGCUGAGCUGGGAWCGUCCCCAUCCCGGCUCCUCCGUGYCCCCGAGCUCCAUCCCCGCGCUCCGGCCCCGCUGCCGGGGGCUCCCGCACCGCCUCCAGCACCGACCCCGGGAGCUGCGGCUGGAGGGGAUCGCGGCGGUGCUGGGGGGACCGUGGGGCGGAGAGGAGGGGCAGGGACCGCCCGGGAUGGGGGCUCCGCCUCUGCCCCAGCCCCGGCGCUGAUCCGCGGGAAGGAGGAGGCGCGGAGCUCCAGCCCGGAGCGCAAUUCCCGGUGGGAAUAGCCCUGCGGGGGGGGUCGUGUCCAGCCUGGAGAGCUCGGGCACGUCCCACCACCRUCAAUCGGCGGCACCAGCGGCACCAGGGCUGUUUGGGAUCCCCAGGGAAUUGGGAUGGCCACGGAAUCCCAGGAACCCCCUCCAGAGCCUGCCUGGAUCCGGCACGGGGUCCCUGCGAGCUCUCCCCGACCCUGCAGCUCCUUCGUGUCACCUCUCCCAUCUCCCACUCCCGGGAGGGGACAGUUCCUUUUCUGCUCCACCACGGGGACACAGGCUGGAUAUCUGGGAAGAAUUCCAAGCUGGAAAAGUGCUUAAACACCCACAGGGGUGGGAUCACCAUCGCUGGCAGUGCCCAGAAAACGGACCCAGGGGGCACUUGGGGGUGUGGUUCAGUGGGAUUUGGUCCAAGAUUGGGUUUGACCUUGGAGAUCUUUUCCAACCUUAAGGAAUCCAUGAUUUCUCCCUGGACACUGAGGCCCAGCAGGUGCAGUUAUGGAAUUACAAUGAACGGAACAAAAUUCCUGCAAACUCCUCCUCAAAAAGCAYCACGAGGAUCUCGGGGCUGCCAAGUACCCUUGGAAAAGUAGGAGCUGCCCAAUUUUGGGAUGCAAGGUCCCAGUUUUGGGGUGCAGGGUCACAAUUUUGGGGUGCAGGGGCCCAGUUUUUGGGUGCAGGGUCUCAAUUUUGGGGUGCAGGGUCUCAGUUUUGGGGUGCAGGGUCUCAGUUUUGGGGUGCAGGGUGCCAAUUUGGGGUACAGGGUCCCAGUUUUGAGGUGCAGCAUCCUAGUUUUGGGGUGCAGGAUCUCAAUUUUGGGGUGCAGGGUCCAGUGUCAGUGCCUGGAUGCAGCUCCUGGUGCCAUGUGCAAGGUCCCAGAUCCUUUGGAGUUUUCUCGCUGCCACAAGAACUGGAAAUAAAGAAUAAAAGUGCUGUGGU